AUGACAUCAUCGACUCUGAGUGUUGGCUGGUAUGGCCUUGGAUCGAUGGGGCUGGGAAUGUCCCUCAAUCUCCAAAAAUAUCUUCUGAGCAACAAUUUGUCGCCACUUCGUUACAGCAACCGCACUUUGUCAAAAGGUGAUCGUCUUCGUGAUGAAGGAGCCAUACCUGAAGAGAAGUUCGAAGAUGUCGUCCAAAACUCGGAUGUAAUUUUUACAAUGAUUUCCAAUGACGAUGUCCUAAAGGAACUAAUUAACAAGGCCCUGGUCGCGGGCGAUUCAUUGAAAGGCAAAAUAUUUGUAGACACUUCUACUAUUCAUCCAGAAACGUCAGAAUGGGCCACAUCGCGCCUAAGUAAACACGGAGCAGCGUUCGUAGCUGCUCCAGUGUUUGGUGCUAGCCCCGUGGCAGCCGCUGGGAAGCUGAUCUUCGCGGUAGCCGGACCUGCUAUGGCAGUUGAGACAAUCAAGUCUCUUAUCAUGAACGUCAUGGGACGUAGCAUCAUUGAUAUGGGAGAAGACGUGCGAAAAUCCAGCCUCCUCAAAAUUUCCGGGAAUAUUCUCGUUAUCAGCUUCAUGGAAGUGAUUGGCGAAGCGCAAGUAUUUGCCGAAGUGACGGGGCUUGGCAAUCAACAGUUGGAGGAAUUUAUUGGCAAUAUGUUUGGUCCCGUGCUCGAGAGCUACUCAAAACGUAUUACUACUGGCGCGUAUGCACCGCCGCUGGACACGUCUCCCGGGUUUGCAGCCGCCCUUGCAAGCAAAGACAUGAACCACGCUCUCUCCAUCGCUGCCAGUCAUUCAACUCGUCUCCCAACGCUCGAAACUGCAUCACAUCGUCUUAUGUCAGCACGAGAAUAUGCUGCUUCUGACUAA